GGUGGUAGUUCCGAUGUGUGAUUUUCGGCGUACGCAUUUCAAAAUCGACUGUUCGAGUAUGUAUCAGAUCUUGUCUUCUCAAAAAUUGAUUCCGAAACAGUUAACUGAAGACGGAAAACCAAGUGACAAAAAUAUUUCACAAAAGGUUUUCAACGAGAAUAAAGAUUACAUAUGGAAUCAGUAUUUUUAUAUGCGUAAAAUUCGGUGGUUUGUGCGCCGCAAAAAGAAAUUUGACUUUUCGAUAAACAGCGAUGGAAUUGCUGUGUCUCUGCAGUAUUCCACCAAAAAGAAGGAGACCAGCAACACACAAUCGGGCACCAGUCGAUUGGACAUCAUUGACAUGUUGAAGGCGGGCAAAUUCAAAAGAUUGGGAGGUACAGAUUCAGGCAUGCGGAACUGGAAUACCACAACAAUACAUGAAAUUGAUACUUGCAAAGAAAUCAACUUUGUUAAAAAGAGCAAGCAGUUCCAUUGGGAGACACAUCAAAACGUACGAAACGCAAAAGCGAAGCGAUUCACGAAAAAUUUCAUCGAGAAAGAAAGACAAGAUCGAGAGAAUCGUGAGCUGUACGCAAUGAUGCCAUCACCAAAAGGUUCACAGUGGCUGAGCUAUAUUAAGCAUCGAGUUAAGAUGACCAAACAUGGAAUCGAAGCUUACUCGACUGCAAAGUACACUAGACUCGCCUUGGACAAAUACAUUGGGAGCAACAAAGUUAUCGACGGAUUUGUGAACAAGAUCACCAAUAAGGAACCGACUCUGUUAUUCCAUGGUGCUGAUGGCGAAGUACCACCUGAUUGCCCGAUAAGAAUUAAAAAACACGUGCGGUGUCCGGGUGUACGCAAACUGAUGCAGGCAUAUAAGAAGCGACCAUACAUUGUUGUCGUGCCGGUGGACGAAUGGGGAACAUCUCAAACAGACGCAAGAUGUAUGUGCCGAUUCCAAAACCAACCCAAAUCGGCCAAAUUCAAGAUGUGUCGGUGCAUACCCAACGCCAUAACACUGCUGCCAACCAAAAUUGUGUCUAAGUUUGGCAAGACAGAUACAUCUACAUAUCGACAGUUACAACGCACAUUGAACGGAGCAUUUGAAAUAGAAGAGGAGCUAAUGUCAAGAGUAAAACCUUACUACAAAAAAUGGCAAUUAGACCUCGAAUGCACCGUGACUUGGCAUCGUGACGUCGUGGCUGCUAAGAACAUUCUACUGAAAGGACUAUGGACAUUGCUUGGACUUCCAAUACCUGCUGCAAUCAACCGAUAUUGGAAUCAAAUCAACGCCGAUGCCGCCGUCUUCGACGACGAUAACGACGUGGACAUAUCCGAGCCCGAGUUCGAAUAGCAGCCAACUAAUCAUCACAAUA